GUGGGGUGAUAUCGAGGCUAGGGUUUUCUCUUGGAAUUGGGAGAGGAAAGCGAGGGGAGGGGAAAAAUACUUGGGGCCGUACCUGUUGGUUACCCUUUAAGGCUUUAACGUACCCCGUUCCGGUUUAUUGCAAACCGUCAGUGAUGAAAUUGGCAAUAAAGCCUUCCAUGAAUCACCUACCAAGGGUAUGAUGCAUUAGAAAACCCGGUUUGGCGCUUCUUCCGGUUGAAAGAUAUCGCUCGGGAGGAAGGAAAGGCCUCCGAUUCGGCUCGGAAAUGGUGAUCUAUAGACAACGUUGAUUCUGCUUCUCUUUUGCUGAGAUUACUCCGCCAUGGAAGAAGAUUACACGAGCCUCCCUACCAGCCAUUUGCUCGGCUCCGUUCCCGCCGUGGCAGCUGAAGAUAAAACAGGAGGCGCUGCUCGUGAAUCCUCAACUGCCAACUUGCAAAACUCUCCGCCUGCUAAUGGAGGCUAUCAAGCCCCUGGGAGUCCAUAUGGUGGAGAUGAGCAAGCCACAAGCAGUUGGAAAGGAGCAUGUAGCAUUUCAUCGUACACCCCAUAUUUCAAUGUCGAUAGUGAUAUUGUGGUAGAUAGACUCAUUACUUCAGUGUAUCCCAUGAAUGAUUUUACAAGGAAGAUCGAUGGCAAUCCUGAUCUGUAUGGCCCUGUUUGGAUCUCUACUACAUUGGUAUUCAUGCUUGCUGCCCUUGGAAACUGUGCAACUUAUCUUAUGCGCAAAAGAAAUGAACCAGAUAUUGUAUGGAACUUUGACGUCACUUAUGUAGAUUGGGCAGCAUGUGUCAUAUAUGGUUAUGCACUUGCUGUGCCAGUUGCAUUUUACUUCUUGCUUCAGUAUGUUGGAUGUAAUGCAAGCCUCAUACGUCUCUGGUGUAUGUGGGGUUACUCGCUGUUCAUCUUUCUACCAAGUUCUUUGUUAUUGGUUGCUCCUGUUGAGAUCGUCCGAUGGAUCGUCAUAAUUCUUGCUGGUGCUGCAUCAUCUUGGUUCGUUGCACUAAACUUAAAGGCUUAUACAGACGGGAGUGAUCUGAUGGUUUUAAUUGUUAGUGCCUUGUUGUUGCAAUUUGCUCUAGCGCUCUUCAUCAAAAUUUUUUUCUUCGUGUGAGGUUGUAUGUCCAGGGGUAUCUUGCCAUGCAGCAUAUUUGAUAGCAGCAUGUACAGAUGACUUUGACGGCAAUGCCCCUUAGCCCCAUCCUGUAUGCUGCAUAUAUUGUACAGAUAAGAGUGGGUGAAACUAAAAGAGAUGAUGUGAACACCUUGAUGCGUGGAGUUGCAGUGAGAUGUUUUUUUUUGACAGACUUGAUAAACUUUCGACUUGCAUUUGUCUGCUCGAUGAUGCUUCUAUUUUCAUGUAAUGCAAUUGUAGUGCACAGGAUCCUUCUGCUUUAUGUUUC